UAUUAAUGCUAACAAUGGAGUGCGUGUUGAAGCAGAUGUUACUUAACUGUUGUAAAUUAAUGAAUUAACUUUAUGUAACCAAUAUCCGUUGAGAUUUGUUACCGAUGUUACUAAAUCAACCGAUGACCUAUCUAUGAAAUAAUUGAUGUAACUUUAUUAACCACUGCUCGCUACAUCACGUGUGAGAAAGGUUUUUAAGAACACUUCAACAUGAGGAGGAUAAAAUGGACAAUAGUGUCCAUGCUAGUAACAAUUGUGAUCCUUUUAGUAUACCUGUCUCUGUUUACACAAAACACGAACUAUAUCACAACUGAAGAAGACAACCUGAAACUGCAAUCAGAACACAAUAUUAAAAGUAGUAAAUCAUCAUCAAUUAAUCUACCAAAGGAUUACAAAAGCAAGUUUCCAGACAUCAUAGAUCUGAUCGUAAAAAUGAAUGUAUCGCCUCUACUGGUUACCCUUAUAAACAGAGCUUAUCUACCUUUUGCUUUUAGUUGGUUGUGUAAUACAGAGCAAAUGGGAAUUCAUAAACAGGUUUUAUUCAUUACAACAGAUGAAGAAUCGAAAGACCAGCUAAAUAAAUUAUGGCCAAAUAUAAACGUGGUAGCCAUUUCUGGAAUGUCAGCAGUGUCGACCGACCAAGCUUAUAGUCAUGCUGGGUAUAUACGCCUUAUGAUACGCAGGACACAAAUAUUACUAGAUAUUUUACAGAAUAACAUACCAAUAUUUUUAUUUGAGGUAGAUUGUUUAUGGAUAAGAAACCCUGUUCCGUCACUGGUCAAAAAUGAAGGAUAUGACAUUUUAGUAAAUCCGGUUUCAAAUCGACCAGGUGUGGUUGCUGGUGGUUUCAUAUAUAUGUUUCCUACUAAUGCAACAAAAUUCUUAUGGACUGAAUUGAAUGCUAAGUUGCUGACAUUGGAGAAAAAAAUAUCCAAUUUAUCCCCUGAAAAGGGUAUACCUGAAAGUGAGAAUGAUCAAAUGUAUUUGUCAGACCUUGUAAAAAGACGAGUUAGUGGGUUGAAACCUAAAUAUUUACCGUUAGAUGAAUACGCAGACGGUAAAUGGUAUUCAUUUACAGAAAAAACAAGGACAACGUUAGACCCUUAUGUGAUCAACAAUAACUGGGUUAUUGGUAAUAAAAAUAAGAUUUCAAGAGCAAAAUCAUGGGGUCAUUGGUUUAUUCUAUCGGAUAAUACUUGUGAUGGUGAACAGGUUAAAAAGAUUGUAAAACUUUGAUAAAUGCUCUUAAGUACUUAUGAAACAGGAAGUUUUUAAAUCAAGGUGUCUCUCACUUAUAGAAAUGGGAAGUUGUUUAAGAAAAAAUCUAUCUUACUUUAGAAACCGGAAGUUGUUUAAUCAAAUAUACUAAUCGAAAGUGAUAACUCGAUAAUCUGCAAUCAAAAUCAAUCAAAAGAACAAUCCAUUUGAGAUUAACGUGAGGUCGGUCAUUAAUGUUACAAAAGAUCAAUGCUGUAAAGCUCUAAAUUUCCCCGUGUGCUUUGAGCAAAGAAAUACAAUACCAAAGGUAGACAAGAAAACAGAUAUACUAAUAAGUCUAGGAAAGAUGGAUAGCUCAUUCUCAAUAGAAAUUAAAAAAAAGCACAAAACAGUUCAAAAAGUAUUAAACAAAGUGAUGUCAGGAAAAUGAGUGACUAAUUCUAUGUUUUUUUUUUCAUUUAUGCACUAUGGGGAAACAGUCCUUAUCUUGCUUAUCCAAAAUCUUUUUUGUGCUCUAUAAUUGUGAUGGUAAUGUUUUUGAGAUCAGCUUGUGCAUGCCCCUGUGAUCACAAAUGACGACUUACGAGGAGGUCGGUCUUGCACGGGUAGUCUUUGUCGAAUACCUUCUUCAGUGUCGAUGUGGCAUGCAGUGUGUUGGCGAGACAAAACAACCAUUCAACAAAAACAUGAAUGGCCAUCGAAGUGACUAAACGUGCAAGCCUGACCCAAGUUUUAUGAAUAUCGUACACAAUCCAUUAAACCAAAAUACGCGAACAGAAUUCAAUUUUGUAAAUUGUUUUUGUUUAUCUUUCUAGAGUUAUGCCCCUUUUUAAUUGGAAAAAUUGCAACAGCUUUAGCGUGGGAUGGUAUUAUUUUGUUUACUUUCGCAAUUUUGUGUUUGUGUGUUGUACAUACAUACAGACAUACAUACAUACAUACAUACAUACAUACAUACAUACAUACAUACAUACAUACAUACAUACAUACAUACAUACAUACAUACAUACAUACAUACAUACAUACAUACAUACAUACAUACAUACAUACAUACAUACAUACAUACAUACAUACAUACAUACAUACAUACAUACAUACAUACAUACAUACAUACAUACAUACAUACAUACAUACAUACAUACAUACAUACAUAAACGACUGAGAACGCAAUGACUGAAAAAAAACGACGAAAAGACAGACAGUUAACAAAACAAGGAAGUCAGUUUAUAUCUUCAAAUAAAGAAAAGCAAUAUGUGACCCAAAUAUCGCUGAUUGGUAACCAAAAAAUUGUGGCUUAUUUUUGAAAUGAUUGAAUGUUAAAAUGGAAUAAGGUAAUGAUGGUGUUAAAACACCUUUUUUUGAAAAUAUGUAAUUGUAUGUAUAUUCUUGAACAAGUCAAUAAAAAGCACUAUUUUACUUCAGGGGUAAAUAGAUGAUUGUGUACAGCUACCAUUUGAAUUAAACUUUUAAUGUUUUAUUUUUAGCUCACCUGACCCAAAGGGUCAAGUGAGCUUUUCUCAUCACUUUGCGUCCGUCGUCCGACGUCGUUAACUUUUACAAAAAUCUUCUUCUCUGAAACUACUGUGCCAAAUUAAACCAUACUUGACCAUAAUCAUCAUUAGGGAUCUAGUUUGAUCAGUUGAACAGGUCAAGAUCUACUCUGCCAAUAAAUUUUCAGAUGAAUCGGACAUUUUCUCCAUGUCGGAUAUUUUUAUUGACUGUACAAUCGCUUUCUAGUUAACUGUAAUAUCACCUGGAGACUUCCUGUACAAUCACUUGGAGCUUUCCUGUAGAAUUGCUUGGUCAAUUUAUUAAAUAUAUGGCAUAUGC